AGCUGACACCGGAAGCAGUUCCUCGGCCACUGGGACGCCGUGGGUCCGACCGGCCGCGGCGUGACGGGGCCGGGAGCGUAGCCGCCCGGCCCAGGGGGAUCGCGGCUCCCGGAGCCCCGGCGCGGGCGGGAGAGCCGGGAGAUGGGGAGAGACGGGCCGCGAGGUCCGAGGAGCCGGUGACUAGCGCCUGCCCGCGCGCCGCAGGAAGCCUCCCCCUCACAAAGCCCCGCGGAGCCGGGAGCGGCGUCUCGGGGACCCUGGCGGGCUCGCCCUGGGACGCGCCUCUCCGAGCCGGACCGAGCCCAGCCUCUGCAAUGAUCCACAAGUCCCGGGCCCCGCUCCUCAAAACUCAAGAUGUCGGAGACCGAGUGGAAACGCUUAUGUUGCAUCCUGUCAUAAAGGCCUUUCUCUGUGGUUCCAUCAGUGGGACCUGUUCUGCUCUUCUUUUUCAACCUCUGGACCUGCUUAAAACCCGACUACAGACUCUCCAACCAGCAUACCAUGGGUCAAAACGCAUUGGAAUGGUUUCUUUGUUAUACAAGGUUGUUCGAACAGAGAGUCUGCUUGGACUUUGGAAAGGAAUAUCUCCAUCCAUUGCAAGAUGCGUCCCUGGAGUUGGGAUCUACUUUGGAACUCUCUACUACAUGAAGCAAUAUUUUCUCCUGGAGCAGUCCCCCACAGCCCUUCAGUCUGUCCUGCUGGGCAUUGGUUCCCGGGCUGUGGCAGGGGUCUGCAUGUUACCUAUCACUGUGGUCAAAGCGAGGUAUGAGAGUGGGAAGUAUGGCUAUGAGAGUGUCCAUGGCGCCCUGAAGAAUAUCUAUCGCACUGAAGGACACAGGGGCUUGUUCAGUGGAUUGACAGCCACGCUCCUCCGAGAUGCACCUUUUUCUGGGAUCUACCUGAUGUUUUACAACCAGACCAAAAAGGUUGUGAUGAAAGAUGAAUUGGACACAGCCUUCAUCCCCUUUGUGAACUUCAGUUGCGGAGCCUUUGCUGGCAUUCUGGCAUCACUGGUAACUCAACCCGCAGAUGUUAUCAAAACACACAUGCAGCUGUCUCCGGAGAAAUUUCGGAGAAUUGACCAAACUGUGACAAUCAUCUUCAAAGAUUAUGGGCUAGUGGGCUUCUUCCAUGGCGGUGUUCCCCGUGCCCUUAGGCGAACUCUUAUGGCAGCUAUGGCAUGGACGGUCUAUGAAGAGAUGAUGGCUAAGAUGGGUUUGAAGUCCUGAAAGAAUGGAGGGAAGAAUGCUGGGACCAGCCUGUUUCACUGCUCUAUCCCCACUCGACGCUGAUACCAUCUGCUCCUUUGGGGCAAAGCUGAGGUUGCUAAGCCAGAGCUCCAGGCAGAACUGAUUCACCUUCUGCAGUCAAUUUAUAAAGGAAAUGGAAGUAUCUGACCGUUUGAAGCAUUCCAAGGGGCUGAGACUUGCCAUAAACAGACUUUGGGUUGGGAAUGGGCUAAAUGUUUUUGUAUACCAAGCAAAUCUACCUGUUCAAGGCACGUGGUAGCCAGAAAAAAAGUUCUUUGUAGAAUCCUUUUCCUGGAGCUGCCUACAUGUUUAGGAUGGGCUUUUGCCUAGUUGGAGGAAUACUUGUGACAGGACAGUUAGGGCCCAUUUAUUGGGAUGAGGAGAAUCUCUGUGAAUUGCAAUGUUAAUUUAUUGAGGAGCUGAUGAGUGGACACAAGAUUUUCUCUAUUAGCAACUUUUGGUUUAUAACUAUAAGGGAGAAAAGAAACCCUUGUUUUAAUUGAGUUCUUAAUAAUUGUUCUGAAGGAUAGAUAAAUUUGGUUUCCUUGUUGUUCCCCAUCUAGAUAAUUAACUUGUGUUUUGGCUUAGAAUGUUACUUUUGCCUAGACCCUAAGUUUAGUUAAAUAAGCUGCUUUGACAUUUUCAGCAGCCAAGGUUGGGAUUUGUGAAAUUAAGCACUUUAGCAUUCACAUUAUUGAAAGCUGCUUAGACUACUUAGCUAGUGUUUUUCACUUGUCUUAGAAUGAUACAAUCUUCCAGGAAGGAGGCCUUCUUUCUAAUCUAAUGCUUGUAAUGAACACUGUUUUUUGACUCCAUUUCAAAUUAGGAAAACUUUUUGUGUUCUAUGUUGUGUAUUAGCCAAAGCAAUAGACCCAAAGACCCUUUUCAAGGGAAAAGAAUGAAGAUUCAGUAUUGCUAGUUUAGAAGCAUCUUAAGAAUUCUCACUGAAUUCCUGCCUCUCCAAACCCAUGGAAGGCGCAGCGCUGUUUUCCCAGGUUUCACAAAAGCUCAACUCGGGUAUCUCCUGUACUUGGGCUAUUAAACGGGACAGAGACAACUAAGUUUACUUAGUUAAAUUCAGAGAUUAUUUAACUCUUAGAAUUUUCAUUGUGUUUCAUGUUAAAAUACCUUUCCCUUGACAGACAAUAAGUAUUUUGGGGGGUAAGGGGGAGGCGAAAGGUGUAGAGAAAUGGCUUUUUCUACCUGAGGACACCAGUGUAGUUUUGCCAAAUUCCCUAAUUUGACAUAAGCCAUUACAACCCUGUUCCUUUUUGUACCAUAUCAUUAGGAGAAUAGGAAUAGAUCAGGCUUUUGAGGAAUCUGAAAGGCAAGGCAAAUUUUGGUUUUGGUUUUUAAACAAAAAGCAACUUACCCUUAUGAUGGCACUUCUUAUUUUUCCAAUAAUUGGAAUGAAGUCAGAUUAAAGUGGUAAGGGGUAUGAUGUACCAUGCUUCUAAUUUUGGCAAACAUGAUGAGCUCUUUGGGUUACUAAGUGGUUAUAGAGUUAUUUAUUGCACUUUUCCCCAGGCCUAUGUUAAGGUAGUUAUUUAAUGGGUCUCCCUUUUGACAAAGGAAUGCUACAAUUUGCUUUAAAGAAAGUUUGAUCUGGCUGAUUGUAGUGAAGUUCUUUAGCGCUUAUAUUUGAUAUUUUUACUCCCUAAGAAGGAAAGAAAGUCGUCUUGGGGAUUUGAUUUGUAUUUUUCCAAUGUGUGUGAUUUCAAAACUGCUAAAAAUGUAAUGGACUAACAGUCUUAACUUAUGUUGCGUGUGUUUCUGGCAUUACAUCAAAAUAAAACCUAAUGAAAAUGAGGGAAAUAGAAAUUUCUAAGGGUUUAUAUAGGUGGGAAAACUAGCACUAAACAUGUGACUAAGUCUCUAUUUUUCUGUUUCACCUCAUCCACAAAACCUCAAUAAGAGGAAAUAAAGCUCAUGUUGAGUUACCAAUUGCCUGAUUAAUAAAAUGAUUGGAGGGGAUUUAUCUCUUCUUUCACUAGAUUCAGCUAAAGCAGGAAGGUUUAGCAAUAGUUUGUUUUUUUUUUUUCUUUAAGAUAAACAUCCAAUUUUGAGAGUCUUAACAGUUUAAGAAAGAAAAAGAAGAAAUCAAUUUUUAAAUAUGAAAAAUUUUUCCUGUCUUUAGAUGAUACUGUAAAGAAAAAUAACUAGGAUUCAGUAUUUUAGGAACUUAGAAACCUUAGAAAGGUGAUGGAUAUGUGUGCCUUUCCCAAAGUUUUAUCUUACUUUAGAAAUUAUUGACUUUAAUCAGAGUCUUUAGAGGAACUACCAAUGAGGUAGUUACUACUGCCAUCAGAAUUCUAAGAGACAGGAUUUAGGGAAUCAGUGGUUUUUCCUACUCGCUGUACAAAUAUCUUUAUGUAGAUAUAUGGUAAUAUUUGCCAACCAAAAGAAUUUCCUUAAGUAUUUGUUAGGGUAUGACGGACCAAAUUGUCAGUGAUAUUUUCAUUUCUAUAUCUCUGCUCAAACCAGGUGAUCUGCCUUUAGGGAGAUAUUUUGGACAUACAGUUAUAGAUUAAUACUGGGGCCCAUCCAAUUGAAGACUGCACAGUCUUCAAGGAUUGCAAAUGCAAAAAAAUGCAUUUUUCUCCCUCAAUUUCCUUCUGAUAUUUUUGCCCUAAAAUUUUGAGAGAGGAAAUGUUUUUUUUUUUUUUCUCAAAACUUUAACAUGCUGAUAUUUUUAGCAAAAACAUUUGAUAAAAUUGCAAGUGACCAUAAGAGAUACUGAUUUAGGUGGUGAGCUCUAGGCUUUAUGCCAAACUAAGUAUGUCUUUUAUGUUUGGAUUACUUUGGGAUGUGGGAAGGAAUUACAGGAGAGUUAGGAAAGCCAACAGUCCCUAGUGAUGGUAAUUAGGUUUUGUCUCUUGUCCUAGUAGGCUUUGGGCUGGCCUUGUCUUUUGGGUGCAUGCCUUACCCAGAGUUCUGACCAUUGGAGAUCUUCCAUACAAGACAUAGCAGAAGAAGUCAGCCUCAUUGGGAGAUCUUCCAGCUCUGGGUGUAUCCAACUUCUUUCUUGAAUUCAUUGAAAUGGAAAUUUUGUUCUUAAUACAUCUAUCUCCUUAGUGAUUGGAGAUGUGUAUAAAUUACUAUGUGGUCAGAUUUUUGAAGCUAUGUUUUUUUUUUCUCUGAUAUCCUUCUGGCUCAUCUCAACAUAGAUGGGAGGUAGGGGUCUGGUACAUGGAAUGGUCCAGAAUUUUACAAAUCCUUUGUAAUCACUUCCUAGGGCUCCUAAGGAUCCACGAUCAACCCAUGAUCAACUCAAGCCUCCAAAUACUUGGCAGAAGGACUUAAUAGUUUUGUUUUAGAUCUUGAAGCCAGCUCAUGUUAUUUAGGAAUCAAUUAGUUGUUUUCUUUUUUUUUUUUUUUGAGUGGAAAAAAAACAAAAGAUUUGAAAAGUGCUGUGCGGAUAGUUCCACAACCCGACCUUUCCAGAAACCUAAAUUUCAACUAAGGCAUCAAUUAAUGGGGACUGGGAAGUCCAAGGAAGUGGCUGAAGACUUGCAGUGUAUGGUGUGAGACAUUUUAUGUUAUUACUAUAAUAUGAGAACAUAAGCCGAGAUGAAGUACACAUCUGAUUUUUUUGUGCAAAAUUGCCUUGAAUAUCUUAGGCACCAUAAUGAGAUUGGUAAAUACUUGUUGGCAGUCUGCAAGUUGGACAGCCCAACAGAAUAGCAUCAUCUUUGUUGGAAUAGAAACAUCUUGUCCAUUAUCAUCAGUUUUAAUGCUAUACUAGUAUUAUGUUCACUGAAAGAAAGGUGUUUCAACUUGCAUAGAAUUUGUAGAGUUAGUAACUAACCUGAUUUAGGAUGCUUCUGAAUUUCACACCCAGUUGAUACUUCCUUACAAAAUUUCUCAGAAAAUUCAGUAGCUUUUGUUUUUGUUUUUGUUUUUUGCUGUCAUCCAUGACAAGCCUCAGGAUUCAAAAGUUUAGAUUUUAACAAGUAAAUAGAAUUUGUUCAUUGAAAGAAAGUGCUUUUUGGGGUCUACUUGAUUUUGAAGGUAAUAAUUAAAUAGCUGAAUGCUUGAAAAAGGAAGUUAAAAUUAAGAUGCAUUUUAAUUUUUUGUAGACAAUAUGUACUUAUGUAUUCAUAGCUGUGUAUGAAUGCCUAAUAAUAAAAUGUUGGUAUUACCACUUAGGACCAGAGAUUAUCUAACUUUAACAUGCUGAGGUUGCUUAUGUACUGAUUAUGUGCAUAUAUGAGUGUGUGUGUUUGAGAAAAUUUCAGAAAUGAAAAUUAGUGAAUCAGAUGCCUAUAUGUUUGUUUUGAAAUAAAAGUUUGUGAACUGUUAGGGAAAACAAAUAAGAGAAAAUGAUUACAUUAGAAAUGGCUGCUUUCAAAAUAGAAAACCUACUUUGAAGUUAAAUUUAAAAUUUACUUUAGUUCUUGAUAUCUUUCUCAUUUUGAAUAAAUAUGUUUUAUUGGCAAUUUA